AUGACGAGUACCCGAGUAGAAUUAGAAAAAGGUGUAGCUAUCGAGAGCAUGGAGAGAAUAGCCGGACCUUGUGCGAACCACAACUGUCUCAGCACUGACAUUUGUGAACCGACCAGCCAGUCUUCAGUGCAAUGCGUCACAGUCUACUGUCCAUCCAUUCCAAAUGUUCUGCACGCUAAAGCCGACUUUAUCACAACCUACGAGACGACAAAAGUAGGAAGUGAACUGUCUUACACGUGUGAUAUUAACUUCCACCCAGUAGGUAACAGAACCUGUAUCCCAAACGGAACAUGGUCUGACUUCAGAUGUGAACCUGAUGUCUGUCCUGCUUUUUGUGACCCAUCUCAAAACAAGUGUUACUCCAUCUUUUAUGAUGAGAACAAAACAUGGACUGAUGCCCUAGCAACCUGCGCGGUCAAUGGAUCUCUGGUUGAUAUAAAAACACGCUCGGAUUACAGUUUCUUAAACAAAACAGUGCGGAGAGGAGAGAUAUUUUGGAUUGGCCUGAAUAACAUCAAUGACGUCGACGCUUGGACGUGGACAGAUGGAAGAACCGUCAGUUACUCAAACUGGGGGACGUCCUCUCCUGACCCUAGCAAACACUGCGUGACCUGGGACAGUACUAGCGGGAAAUACCAGAGCAGAGAUUGCAACGAGGGACACCUGUACAUAUGCCGAAUUUAUCCGGAUUGCCCCGCCCCACCCUCUGUGGCGAAUGGCGCCCCAGCAUACACAGGCCAGCCUAACACCACUGUUGGUACCGUGCUGUCCUACACGUGUAACACCUUUUAUGAACCAGAAGGCGAGAUGCGGUGUUUGGCUGGAGGAAUUUGGUCGAAUUUCACAUGUUCAGGUGGCUGCCCAACGGACGACGGGUACAAGCUUCUUGAAUCACCGGCAUUAUGCUUUAAGAUUGUCCUUGACAAAAAAACAUAUGCUGCAGCACGUGGCGCCUGCAUCCAAUCAGGUAGCAGAUUGAUCGUCUUAGACACGCCGGAGAAAAAUACAAAAAUCAUUAGCUAUUUCACGUCCCAUAAUUUCGUAGGUUAUUACCUGAUUGGCCUGACCGACUUACAGACAGAAGGAGUGUUUGUCUGGGAGAACGGAGAUGUCGCUGAAUUCACAAAGUGGGAGCCCGAUGAACCAAACGAUGGUAACGGUGACGAAGACUGCGUGGCGCUCAAAUUGGCGUCGCAGUCAUGGGUCGACACAUUGUGCAGAGGAUCAAAGAAAUACAUCUGCGAGAAAAAACCCUGAUCAUGAUAGCAACAGCCAUGCCUUGUUUAAAUCAUCUUCGAGAAACAACCCUGAUAAUAACCAUGCCUUGUUUAAUACAUCUGUGAG